AUGGGGGCAGUCAAGAUUGAUGGCAAGGCUGUUGCGCAGAAGAUCAGGGAGCGCUUGGCUACUGAAAUCCGUGAGAAGCAGGAAGUGAAUCCACGAUACAAGCCAUGCUUGAAGAUCAUUCAAGUGGGGGACCGCCCCGACUCAACCACAUACGUCCGAAUGAAAUUGAAAGCUGCUGAAGAGGCUGGCAUUGAAUGUGCCCUGAUCCAUCUCCCAGAGACAAUUUCAGAGCCCGAGCUGGUACAGCAGAUCACCGAGUUUAACAACGACCCGUCCGUCCACGGUAUACUCGUCCAAUUGCCCCUGCCAAAACAUCUAUCGGAACACACCAUCACGUCUGCCGUGCUCGAUGAGAAGGAUGUCGAUGGUUUCGGAGCUACAAACAUUGGCGAACUUGCAAAGAGAGGCGGGAAACCAUUUUUCGUACCAUGCACGCCGAAGGGCGUCAUGGUUCUUUUGCAGGAGGCCGGGGUAGAGCUCAAAGGCAAGAACGCCGUGGUCCUUGGCCGCAGCGACAUUGUCGGUAGCCCUGUCAGCUAUCUGCUGAAGAACGCUGAUGCAACCGUCACUGUGUGCCACUCGAAAACACAGAACCUGAAAGAGGUGGUUAAACAGGCCGAUGUGUUGGUUGCCGCCAUCGGGCAACCUGCUUUUGUCAAGGGUGACUGGCUGAAACCUGGUGCUGUAGUCAUCGAUGUCGGCACGAACUACAUCCCCGACCCCUCGAAGAACUCGGGUCAGCGCCUAGUGGGAGAUGUUGAGUUCGAGACGGCAGUCGAGGUUGCUUCCUAUAUUACACCUGUGCCUGGAGGUGUUGGUCCCAUGACGGUGGCCAUGCUCAUGCAGAACGUCGUCGACGCUGCUUCAACAUAUUUCGCAAAAUUAAAGGCCAGGCACAUCAUCCCUCUUCCCAUCAAGCCUCAGACGCCCGUACCCUCGGACAUUGCGAUCUCGCGUGCGCAGCAUCCCCGACAUAUCACUCACAUUGCCAGUGAUGUUGGCAUUGCGCCACACGAGCUGGAGCAGUACGGGCCGUACAAGGGCAAGGUCGACCUCUCUCUGCUGUCAAGGCUCGAGCACCGCAAGAACGGAAAGUACAUUUUGGUCGCCGGCAUCACGCCGACGCCCUUGGGAGAAGGGAAAUCCACGACUACGAUGGGUCUUACCCAGGCUCUAGGAGCGCAUCUGGGUAGAUUGACCUUUGCUAAUGUGCGACAGCCAAGCAUGGGGCCGACCUUUGGAAUCAAAGGCGGCGCGGCAGGCGGUGGUUACAGUCAAGUCAUCCCCAUGGACGAAUUCAACCUUCAUCUGACAGGCGACAUCCACGCCAUUACUGCUGCGAACAACCUUUUGGCUGCGGCUAUUGAUACGCGUAUGUUCCAUGAAUCUACCCAAAAGGAUGGACCACUAUACAAGAGGUUGGUUCCUAGCAAGAAAGGCAAGCGCGAGUUUGCCCCCGUUAUGUUCCGACGCCUGAAGAAGCUCGGCAUCAACAAGACCAACCCUGACGACUUGACGGAGGACGAAAUCCGUCGCUUCGCCCGGUUGGACAUUGACCCCGACUCCAUCACCUGGAGGAGAGUUCUGGACGUCAACGACAGAUUCCUGCGAGGGAUCACCAUCGGUCAGGCUCCGACCGAAAAAGGCCACACUCGACAGACGGCGUUCGACAUCUCUGUUGCGAGCGAAUGCAUGGCCAUCCUUGCCUUGAGCAACGACCUCCGUGACAUGCGUGAACGUCUUGGACGGAUGGUCAUCGGGUUCUCGAAGUCCGGCGAUGCCGUCACCUGCGACGACAUCGGCGCUGGUGGAGCGCUGACUGCCCUCAUGAAGGAUGCGAUCAAGCCCAACCUCAUGCAGAGCCUGGAGGGAACUCCAGUAUUUGUCCACGCCGGACCAUUUGCCAACAUCAGCAUCGGCAACAGCUCCGUCCUUGCCGACAAACUGGCCUUGAAGCUGGCCGGCACUGAGCCGGAUGAAGACCAUGAAUCCAAAGCCGGAUUCGUGGUCACCGAAGCCGGCUUCGACUUCACCAUGGGCGGAGAACGGUUCUUCAACAUCAAAUGCCGGUCUUCGGGCCUUGUGCCCGACGUCGUUGUUGUCGUGGCUACCAUCCGUGCGUUGAAGGUGCACGGCGGUGGCCCCGACAUCUCAGCAGGAGCGCCACUCCCGGAAGCCUACCGCACCGAGAAUGUCGACAUGCUGCGCGCCGGUUGCGUGAACCUCAAGAAGCAUAUCGCCAACGCCAAGUCGUACGGUAUCCCUGUAGUUGUCGCGAUCAACAAGUUCGACACGGACACCGAGGCCGAACUCAGGGUCAUUGAAGAAGAGGCUCUCGCUGCCGGUGCCGAGGCCGCCGUGCCUGCAAACCAUUGGGCCGAAGGCGGCGCCGGUGCUGUCGAACUGGCCAAGGCCGUCAUCUCGGCUUCGUCCAAGCCGAAGGAUUUCAAACUCUUGUACGAUCUUGAGGGAAGCGUGCAGGAGCGUAUCGAGAAGAUCGGCAAGGACAUGUACGGCGCGGCAGCCGUCGAGUUCAGCGAGUUGGCCCAGAAAAAGGUCGACUUGUACACCAAGCAAGGCUUUGGCAAUCUGCCCAUCUGCAUUGCGAAGACUCAGUAUUCCCUCAGCCACGACCCUGCUCUGAAGGGGGCGCCGACCGGCUUCACCGUCCCCAUUCGCGAUGUCCGGCUCGCCGUCGGUGCGGGAUAUCUGUACGCCCUGGCCGCUGAUAUCCAGACCAUUCCUGGCCUGCCUACAGCUCCAGGAUACUUGAAUGUCGAUGUGGACCCGGAGACGGGCGAGAUCGAUGGCUUGUUCUAG